AUGAAGUUUCAAGCUCUUUUCUUUCUACUGCUCCUCACCUGCAUGUACAUGAGUCUUGCACAAGGUAAGUGAAACAGAUAAUAGGCGAUACAGAAUCAAACUUUUUUGUCGUAAAUCAGAUUUAGAUUUUCAAAAGAUAUAUCUUUUGAGUGGUACAGUGUUGCAGAAGUGACUGUUUUAGGAUUGACAUUUCAACAUGAAAUCCAAAGAGAGGGAGACAGAGUUUUCAAUGGAACCUCAGAGGAAAGUAUGUGGAGUCUCACUCUGCUCAGAUUUGGAAGAGCUAAGGUCGCAGUAUUUCACAAUCCACAUUCCAUUUGGACUGGGACUAAAUCUGUUCUUCUAAUGAGGUGGCCGUUUCCGGUCCAAACGAUUUAACACAACAAAGAGUAAUCUGUCUAGGAAUGUUAUUGCAGUCCACUUAGAUGUUUGUGACAUUGUGACAAGUUUAAUUAAGCUGAUUUUAAUGCUGACCGAAGUGCUGAACACUUUCCACCCGUGAAGCAGAGUGCAGCUCCCAGCAUGUGGGCAAAGCUGUAAAAGUUAAAGUUUGAUUAUUUAUUGAUCCACGCCAAGCUAAUUAGAAAAACGUAGGUAAUUAGUGACAGAGGAAGAGUGAGAAGAUGGUUUCUAGACAUUUAAAUAAAUGUUUUUCUCAACUUUUAGGAGAUUAUGGCUUUUUUUAGAUCCAUGACUUUUCAAUAUUUUUUCUAAUCCCAAAAAUUUCUGUUGUUUUUUCUUAACUUUUAAUGCAAAUAUCAUUAUUAAGUACCUUAGAGCAAAUGAGAAUGACUUAUGAUAACCAUGAUUAUGUUUGCUAUGUUAGUAUUGAGUAAGCAGACUGAUAGUUAGAAAUAUCUGACAAUAUUUAAACUGCUCAAUUUAACACUUUUCAUGCAUAAGUUUUGUAGGCAAGCCAAUAAACACCAACAUAAAUAUAAAAAAAAUAACUUAUACAUGUUCCAGCCUCUUAGACUGAGCUGCACUGAUUUCUUUAUGGAGUCCAGUUGGAAUUCCAGUGGUUUCUUCAUCUUUGGCCUCUGGUGAAUUUGUGAUAUUUUCAGGUAUUUGUCCCUGACCCUCCAUAAACAUUUCUCUCCUCAGGCUCAUUUGGCAACUGCUGCCUUGGCUAUGUGUCCACACUGAAACAACGAGCAAAGAAGAACAUUGAAAGUUUCAGGAUGCAGGAAACAGACGGGGACUGCAAUCUGCGAGCCGUUGUGUGAGUAACAAACCUCAUAUCUGUCACUUUUGGCCCCCAGCUGCACUUUAGUUUUCCUACCCUGUGGAAACUUUCUGAUGAAAUAAACAAAUCAUGAAGAAAUAAUCGACUACUCAGUCAGAAGGCUUAUUUUAUUGUAUGAUAAUAUUGAUGUGUGCAGGUUUCUGUUGAGGACCAGGGGUAGAACACCCAGAGAGUUGACUGUUUGUGCCAAUCCGGAGAAAAAAUGGGUCCAGGAUCUGAUGGUGACUGUGGGGGAAAGAAUGCGACCAAAGAAUUAA